AUGGCGGCCGCAGUGUCGGUGCCAGUGACUCCGACGGGCCAGCUGCUUCGCUUCGCAGGUCCACCACCAAGUGAGCAGCUGGUCUUCGGCAGCCACUUGCAUUGGCUCCCACCCCGACCGACAAGACGGUCCUGGUGCGCGAGCUGCCUGGUGGUCUUCAGCCUGGCUCGCACGUCACAGCGCCUGCGUCAGCUACGAGUGCGAGACGAGGACCGGAGCCGCUGCUCUGCAGAAGUGAUGCUGGACUUCGAGCGAAAAGGCUUUCUGAAGAUGCCGCAGAUCUUGGCCCCGGAGGAGGUGGACUCACUGAGCGAGCUGGUGAGCGCCACCUGCCGCUCUGAAGAGUGUGUGCUCGAGGCACUCCGUCAUCAGAUCAGGGUGCAGUAUGGCGCGGCGAGCGCCACAUCUUGCUCGGAUAUUGCUGCUUGCCGGGCCAAGCUGAGAAGCCUUGAGAAACGCGGAGAGAUCAGCUUCCUUCAGUACUUCAACUUGCAUCGCCACAGCGGGGAGCUCCGGGAGCUGGCUUUGUCUCCCCGCUUCGCCUUCUGGGCUUCGCGGCUCCUGGGCGUGCCGAGGGUGCGUCUCUAUCAGGAUGCCCUCUUCGAGAAGCGCCCAGGUGACGGGGCGACCGACUGGCAUUCGGAUUUGGGCUUGGCCCCUUUCGAUACCAACAGCUUUGUGACCAUAUGGUUGCCUCUAACAUCCAUUUCGACGAAGGGCUCGUCCCUGGUAUAUGCCAUUAGCAGCCACAAAGAUUUCGCACUUCCCUUCCUCGGAGAUGUUGACGAAGACUUGAGUGGCAGGUACAAGCUCCAGCGCACUGGUGGCCUUCUUCCUGGGGAUGCCACUGCGCACCACGGCUGGACGUUGCACAGCGCCGCAGGCAUCCCAAAGACGGCUCCGCCGCGGCUGGCGUGGACCCUGGGCUUCGUGGCCGAUGGAGCAUGUCUCCGGCGUGGUGAGCUGGAGCUUGGGGAGGACGCCGUGUCCUACGAAGCCUGGGCCAAAGAGCUCGGGCCGGGUGCACGAGUGGAGCAUCCCAUGGUUCCCCUGCUGCCCGGCUCUCGGCUUCCUUUGCUUCAGCAGGGGCAGGCAGCCGAGUGCAAAGAGGUGGGCGGAAAGCUCACGAAGAGGUUUGGCCUCUUUGGCUUCGGAUCCCAGCGAAGCGAAGCGGCAGAGGCUCCAGAAGAGGCGCGGGCAUCCCUGGUGGCCCCACGGCUCGAAGGCACCCGGAGCGACCUGGCCUCGCCUGAUUUUGUUGGUUGCUGUGUUCUUGCAGACUUCGACGGCCUCUGCUUGAAGCUGCAGACGCUGGAGCUCACCCCAAGCGCGGCGCGCAAGAUCAGGGCUGCCGAGUCUGUCUGGCUGAGCUGCGGCCUCGACCUGGGCCGCGGUCCGGAGGAGCUCUUGGUCGCUUGCCCGAGCGCUGCAGAUAGCCGGCUCCUGGCCAUUCAGCACACAUCCUUUCACAGCAAGGAAGCGUUGGCCGAGUUUCGAACAUUGGCCAGCCUUCCGUUGCAAGUGAAGCUGCUGAUCAAAGGGCAGCGAAAAGGUGCCGCGGCGCACUCGACGAACUCUUCCAACUCCACACAGAUGCAAACCGUUGCCCAGGCUGAGCUACUCUGGUUUGCAGCCCUGCUGGACCCGGGCAGCGCCUGCCCCUUCGUUGCGGAGCUGACAGAGGGAGGGAAGGCCGGAGCCGCCGUUGGCCGCCUCCAGCUCUCGCUGGAGCUGACAAGCAAAGGAGAAGGCAACAGUUUGGAAGGGCUCUGGGAUCAGCGAGAGGUUUUCAGAGCAAAUGCAGGUCCUCGCAGGCCGGUACCGACCGAUGACUGCAGGGUGCUCAGAGGCGUCGCUUGCCAGAAGAGUCUUCAAGAAGAGGGCCUCAGUGAUUCAGGCAGCAUCCAUGUCAGACUUUGGCUUGGCUCCUUCAGCCCCCUGGUCACUCCGAGCUCGGUUUCCGAACUACGUGCUGUGCUGAAGCUGGGGCAGCAGCAGGAGAUCAGUAUGAGUGUGCAGAAAGAUGCUUUGGGCAUCGGUCGUGAUGUGGUCUUCGGGCAGUCGGCGGUGUCAGCAUCGAGCGUUUGGCAGGUUCAGAGAGAAACUUUCGCUUGCAAGGGGCCUUGUCCCGCUUGCAUCUUUGUGCAACUGUGGAGCGGUGCAGAGCUUUGUGGUCUUGCGAAGCUGCUGCUCGAACCUUUCCAGAAGGAAUCCGCGCAAGAGAUGAUCAGUUUGCAGGGAUACAGGACCAUUUUCGAUGGUGAGCUGGACGUCUCUGCCGUCGUCAACAACACGAGCAUUGGAAACCUUCAGAUUUGUGCUCAUGCCGGACUGGCGCCGGUGCUGUUGCAACUCUCUCGAGAAGCACCGCAGCUGGAAAUUCACGUCGAUCCUCGGGAUGUCUCCGCCGCCUUGCUGCUGCUAGCCCAUCAGAGCUUUGACUUGAUCGCUGAGGGGCUAAAGGCGGCGGUUGCGCAGCACCUGGAGGGAAAGCAGCUGGCAGAAGCUCUUCAAGAUCUAGAGCCGCUCCUGACUUUUACGGAAGCCUCUGCCCUUGUGAACAGCAUCAAGGAGGGAGCACGUCGUUCCGUCGAAGCUUCGAGAUUUCUGGAGCUACUUCGGUCACGUAUGCUUGCGGUGCAAGAGAGCUUUGACCAAGUGAUUCGUGAAGUUGGGGACGAAUCUGGAAGCUUGGCCUUGGAUUUCCUGGAGGUGGGCAACCCUGUUUGGCUGCAGAGGCAGGAUGUGGCCAGAGCUCUGAAAUUCCGCGGCCUGGACCUGAGCUGGGCCUGCUUGGAAGGCGUCUUUGUGGCCCUCGGCUGCCCUGAGCCUUCCGGCGCCGUUUCUGCGGAGAAGUUCGCCCGGCUCUUCCGGCAGCGAGCGGAGCUCGCAAAGCGGCGACGGGCCCGGCUCCGGCACUUGGAAGCCGAGGCCUUGGCUCAGUUGCGGGCCAUGCGGGGCCCGACGGGCCCGAGCCCGAGGCAGAGGAUGGAGGAACUCGUGCUGAGGCACUCAGCAGACGGGACGCUCGAUGCCCUUGGCUUGACGGUGAUGCUUGCAGAGGAGACUCCAAGUCUGCCACGGACGGAUGUAGAUGAUCUGGUGCAGUUGCUCUUCGAGCGGUUUGGAGUGAAGCCGGGAGGCCGCGUGUCAGCAACCCGCGUUCUGCAGUGGCUGGUUGGCACGCAGGGGUCAGUGAUUCAAUCGUCUCUUCGAGACGUGGACUUGAACUCGGCUUCACAGCCAGCACAGUUGCUGGCCAAGUUGGCCGCAAAAUUGCCCGCACAGGUGCCAUUGAAGGCCGAGCCCCAGCCAGAACCUGUGACGUCACCUUUGGCCAAGCAGGCCCCUGCAGAAGUUCGCACGAGCACCGCAGACGCUGAGGCAACGGUGCAGGCAACGUUGCAACUGGCACGGCCAUUGAGAAGCGGCUUGGAGCAGCAGCUGUCAGAAGUUCUCGCUGCGUCCCUGGGUCUGGAGACAGCGAGGCUUCGCGUCCUUGGGGCCGAAGAAGGUGCCUCGCGCAUCUGUGUGCAAAUGCGACCCCGGUCGUCUUCGUCCCAAGACGUCGUGGCGAAGCUCGCCCGUCAGCUGGGGGAUCCUGCGUCGCCAGUUCGCUUGGCACCUAUUUCUGCUGACGCGAUCUGGUCUGAAGAUCCGCCAGCGGAAGGCUGGGCAA